AUGUCAAAUGUUAGUUUUCGCCUGGAAUCCUUUCCAGGACAAAGUCUUUGCGAGAUUAUCGAUAUUUGCCGCUACCCAAGUCCUGUUUUGAUGACCGCCACCCCGCCUCUCUCUAACCCUAUCGACCCCGUCUCAAAUCCAAAAAAGUCGUUCCUACAAACCUGGCCAGCAUCCCCUUCCUGCCCGCCCCCCAUUGGAGUCUACAUUCGGACGCACAAACCACUCGACACGAGCCUGAGGAUUUGGGCCGCGCCCCCUCCUGAUCUCACGCUGAGACUUUGGACUCUGAAGACAUUUUGCAAUUGCAAGAUAUACCAGGCACCGAAGACGUUGAUUCUGCCACGAUGCCCGAUAAUGUUUGUCUGGGUGCUAAGCAUCGAUCCCCUGGUUUCGGAUCGUGACUUGGAACCUGCCACUGGAGAGCUUCCAACCACUGAAACAAUCGAUACCGCAAUCCUCGACGAGCAUGUCUUUCUAGGUGGUGAGCAGAUCCAAACAACGGAAAUUGCCACCGACAUCGCAACAUGUCUAGACAGAUAUCUUGGAGUGCUCCCGCUCUCUGAGUCAAGAUCCACCUCUUCAAUUCAGACGACAAAUUGCAAAGGGAACGGCGGUUCCUGUGCUGGGAAGAGAUAUUCGAAAGUUGGUGCCGCCCGGUCCAAUAAAGGUCUCCAUCGUCGCAGCAGCGUUUCGUUUCCUACCGUUCAUGCUCAAUUCUCGGCCCUUCCCGUCGAAGACCGGCUAGAGUUCCUGUCCUGUUAUUUGAGGGUGCUUUGUCUCAUUAUAUUUGUACGUCUUUGA